AAGACAAGAAAGGGAAAGUAUACAGGGACAAUGAAAUUGAAACAAGUCUUUUACUAGAAUAGUGUGGUGUUUGAGCGGUGUAGUUAUAGUACAGCCACUAGACCCCUAUCGAUAAAAGAAAUCUGGAUGGCGGUGCAACUCUUCCCUAUCGAGCCGACGACCUUCAACUUCAAACUUCAGCCAAUCUGCAUCAUUCAAGCUGCACAGAGGGCAACGCUGAAGAUGCGUACGCGUAUACGAUGCUGAAUCUCAGUCGCCAUGAGCUUACAGCCUACGGCUCCCUCUGGCUUUUGGCCCUCUUACUCUCCCUGGCCGAUGGAGCCGUGACCGCCAACCGGGGCAGCAGCAGUAGCUUAUCUGGCACCGUCGCUGGGCAUCAGCCAACCCCUUGGACGGUUUCGACAUGCCCUUCGCGUACAGUCAAUUACAUCACGCAUACACUUCCUCAACAAUGCUUCAAGACGAGCUGGCAAGCGGCAGAGGUGUCCUCGACACCAACGGCAAAUGAGGAUGGAAGAGACGCCGCGCCCACUCCCGCGGGUCAUGCAGCAGCACCAUCAGGCGAUUCCAGUCUCACUGUGACAAGUACAGUGGCCAGUCAAGAUUCUGGGAUGAGCGCCUGCGGUUCCGUCGCGGCAUCACCUGCAGCAGACAAUGGACCGAGCCACACAACAAAUGGGGGAGCAAUAGAAGAACCGGCAGCCCAAGCAUCUCUACACCCGACAGAAUCAUCAAUUCCCGGCGGCAACCCUGCAACAUCUACAGAAACAGCAGUGAGCAGUUCCUCGAGUAUUUCCCCCGAUGACAGAACCAGCAGCAGCUCGGCCACUCCGCACGACGGCGGAGAUGUAGACACUGACGACUCUCCGCUCGACAAUGCGAAUUUCCUAUCAUUUGAAGACUGGAAGAAGCGUAAUCUGGCCCAGGCGGGUCAAUCCGAAGAAAACGUUGGCAAGGGGAGACAUGCAGCGGAAUACGGGAAUACGGCGCGUCGGCGACCGUCUAAUAUUAAUAAUGCUCUUGAUUCUCUGGGCGAAGACGCAGAGAUUGAGCUUGAUUACUUUGGGGGUUUUGGAGAAAGUGGGCCGCAAAGGACAGAAACGCCAACGUGGCAAGGCAAAGCGAUUGAUUCAGAAUCUAACAAUCGGAACGGGCGACGAACAGCUGCGGCGCAAAAGGCCGACCAUAGCGGCGUGCGAUCCCGCGCUCGUGAAGCAGGAACAACGUCCAAGGAACGCUUCAACUAUGCUUCUUUUGAUUGCGCUGCCACCAUUCUCAAAACAAAUCCCAAGACCAAAGGAUCUUCCUCGAUUCUGGUGGAGAACAAGGACAGCUAUAUGCUCAACGAAUGCUCUGUGAGCAACAAAUUCUUCAUUGUCGAGCUUUGCGACGAGAUUCUCAUCGAUACAAUUGUCCUUGCGAAUUUUGAAUUUUUCAGCUCCAUGUUCCGCACAUUUAGGGUUAGUGUGUCGGAUCGAUAUCCCGUGAAGCUGGACAGAUGGAAAACUCUGGGAACCUUUGAAGCUCGCAAUACCCGUGAGCUUCAAGCGUUCUUGAUUGAAAACCCGCUCAUCUGGACGCGCUAUCUCCGCAUUGAGGUGCUGUCGCAUUUUGGUCACGAGUUUUACUGUCCGAUCAGUCUGCUCAGAGUGCAUGGUACGACAAUGAUGGAGGAGUUUAGAUACCAGCAAGAAGAAGCGGCGAGAGAGGACGAUGAUGAGUAUCUAGAUGAGUACCUGGCACAAGGAGCGGUGGAUGCAGGGGAGACGAUUGUGCCAGAGGCGGUGGCGCUGGAGAAAGCCACUGGCAGAAAGGAAGCCAAGGCUUCCGAGUCUCAAAAGCCAAGUGCGGAGGAGCAGAAGCUGUCGGAGGCCGCUGAACAUACUGUUCCUCCGGCGAGGGAAAGCGGAAAUGGCGAGAGGGGGUCAACAAGGGACGGUUAUGCCCAGGACAGCACACAAACGACACAACAGCUGGACCAGCUGGUAGACUUCAUUACGCCGUUUGAUCGAAGGUCUUUUUCAGAAUUACAAGCUGUGCUCCUUCCUUGGAGCCCCUCUGGGCUGGUGUGCCAGCCGUUCCAGUCUCCAAAGGCGUCAGAAUCAAAGCGUAGAGCACAAUCAUCAACACGGAGAGAAUCAACUACAGGUUCUGAACGCGCAUUCGACGAUCAUUCCGUGGUUCCUCCUCCGUCAUCGACUACUCCGUCAUCAUCAUCAUCAUCAUCUUUGUCUCGAGACAAGGGUAGAGAGACAGCGUCACCACCUACAGGUCCAUCUGCUCAGGGCCAUCCUAAAUCAGACGCAGGCUCUCCAUCAUCCCAGGUCCAUCUGCCCGACCAACAAAAGCAGCAGCAGCAGCAGCAGCAGCAGCAGCAACCACAUCGUUCGCAGACACCCCCUAAUCAAGGGUCACAAGGAGCCCCACAAACUCAAACUCAACAGGCUCCACCUCCAUCCAUGCCAACCACACAAGAAAGUUUCUUCAAGACCGUGCACAAGCGCCUCCAGCUACUUGAAACCAAUGCAACGCUCUCGCUGCAAUACAUUGAAGAUCAAUCCCGGAUCCUCCGCGACGCAUUCAGCAAAGUCGAAAAACGGCAACUCACCAAAACCACUUCAUUUCUUGAAAACCUCAACACCACCGUCCUCGCCGAGCUUCGCGGGUUCCGCCAACAGUACGAGCAAAUCUGGCACUCGACUGUCAUUGAGCUCGAGAGCCAACGCGAACAGUCGCAGCGCGAAAUCGUCGCCGUCAGUGCCCGCCUCCGCAUCCUCGCAGACGAAGUCGUCUUUCAGAAGCGCAUGUCGAUCGUCCAGUCCAUUCUUGUACUUGUGUGUCUCGGCCUGGUCCUCUUCUCGCGCGGCGCUGCCUCUGCGAGCUCCAACUAUCUCGAGUUACCUCUGAUCCAAGGCAUGCUGGCACGGUCACAGGGACUCAAGGGCUCUGCGUUUGAAACCGAGGCAGAAACAGAAACGCCGCCAGCAAGCCCAGGAAGUCCAUUGAGUCCACUGAGCCCAGACUCAUCUGGAUCCUCGCGGCAUUAUCGGAAUCAGUACUAUGGAUAUCAGAAGCCGCAGCAGCAGCAGCAGCAGCUGUCGCCCCAACCGCAGCCGCAUAAACAUCAGAGUAAAAAGAGCUAUUCCAGUCUGGGCGGAAUCGGCGGAAGCUUCUUCUUUGGAGGGGGAGGACGAGGAGGACGAGGUGCAACUACUGCAACUGGUUCGUCGACAGAAUCUGGCACAGUCACAGGAACAGGAACCGGGGCAGCCGUGGCAAGUCACACUCCCGGAAACGAACAUGUUCGACAACGACGCCAUCUUCAGCAUUCACCAUUGUCCUCGCCUCAUCGGUACCAGACCUCCGAUGCAAAUGGAGACGGACUCCUUAGUCCCACUUCUCCAAAUAGUCUUCAUUCUCCAAAUAGUCUCACCAGUCCAACGAGUCCGACACCUAGUGAUGGCGACAACGACGACGGCUCUGUCGAUGCAGAUGGUACAGAUUAUGAUUACGAUCGCAGUCAUCAUGCCUACCACCAUCAUCACACUCGCCAUCACGAUCGCCAUCGACUUCACCAUGCCAGUCCAAGUCCAUCUCGAAGCCCGUCGCCAAGUCAUCCAGACUUGUCUUCAUCUCCACAAAGUCCUCCUGCUUCUCCUCAUCCUCCAUCUGCUCGUCGUCGCCGUCCUCGUCGUAUUAUCCAUUCUUCCGCCCACGGUACUAGCAGUAGUACUCGUCCAGAUACAUUUACUGGCAGUGGUAGCGGUGGUAGUAGUAGAGCAGCUGUCCAAGCCGCUACUUCUCCACAAAGUCCCAUUCUCAAAUUCUCUCCGCCUACGCCCAUUUCUGCAUCAUCAUCGUCUGGCUCUCCUAGCGUUGGCGAUACCGAGCAAGUCGCCCUUCGGCAUCCUGGUCCUGGCCCUGAUCUUGAGCCUGAGCCUGAGACUUACGAACCAUCCGAGUCUUUUAUUAAUGAGCCCGCUGAAGAAGUAGAGCCCGACGUUGAUCCGUCUGGGCUACAUCUACAUCUACACGAACACGAACAUGCCGCCGCCGCCGCCGCCGACGACGACGACGACAACCAUCUAUCUGCAUCUACACCGUCUCUGUCGCAAACACUGCACGUUCACUCAAGCCAAUCAUGCCCUUCGACGCCCACGGGAUCCCGGGACAAUCCUUCUUCGCCUUCCAUGACUUGAUAUUUUUUUUUUCUGGGCUUUACCGGUUUUUUUUUUUAUAGAGUUACUGAUUUUUACAGUCUACUGUGCCCUGUACCUUUUCUUUUUUGGGGCGGAGGGCAGGCGGGGUGGGGAAAGCGCCCCCGUAGCAGCGUGUUGAAGUACUUACUAUACUUUAUUCCUUUCGUAUACUCUUUGUAUAUAGGUAGUCUUAUCCUUGAAUUUCACGGGAUAGCGAAGAGAGGACAGCGGAGAGAGGAGAGAGGAGAGAGGAGAGAGGAGAGCAUAGAGAGGAGAGCAUAGAGAGCCAGGCCAGGCCGGGCCAGGCUACAUAACACCACGGCACACGCCACACACCACAGCUUAGCAUACUAUCAUGACAUAGCGUAGCAUAGCAUAGUAUAGCAUUUUAAUGGUAAAUGGUACAUGU